CCCAAUGAGAGAGUACUAUCUAUGGAUAAUAAUGAAGAAAAACUUGAAAAUAACCCUGUCAUUGAAGAAGACCAUAAGGAUAAUACGGAGGAGGAAGUAGAUAAUAUUGAAUUAGUUAGCAAUGAUAAAACUAUACCUAGUAUUGAAAUUAGUUCCUUUCAGACCACUGAGGCAGAACCAUUUUUUGGUUUUAGUAAUAAUGAUGUCAAAGAGAUACUAGAACUUAAAUCUAAUUUAGAAACCCUAGCAGAUGAUACUAUACCUAUGUAUAAUACUAAUGAAGAAGUUAGUGAUUCUGAAAGCAAUGCUGAGGAUAAUGUAAGUUGUGUAAAAGUUAAGAGUGAUGAUGAUAGUAAUUCAUCAUCAGAUUCCAAUAGUGAUGACAAGGAUUCUCUAUAUGAUACUUGUACAAGUGAUCAAAGUUCAGCUGAUGAAAAGGUAAUAGUCAAAGAACCUAUUGUUAGAAUUCAAAGAAUGAAUGACUCCUCUUUUCUGAGGUUUUAUGAGAAGAUGAAUAAUUAUAGCUCUGAGAGUGAUGAUAAUGAUAAUAAUGAUGAUUCUAAACAAUUAAGUGAUGAAAAUGAAAACAGUUACAAUGAUCAAAUUAGUCUUAAUGAUGCAGAAAUAUCACAAGAAGAGUUUAAUAGCUUUGAAACAAAUGACAAAACCGAUGAAAGCAGUUUUGAAAAAACAAAUAGUGAUAAUAAUUUAUUAGAAAAUGAAGCCAGUGAAUCUGUUGAAUCUGAUAUGGAGGCAAGUGAUGAAGAAAAAUGCAUCAGUUUCGUUACAACUAGAAGAAGGAAUGAAGUUACAAAUAAUUCCAUGAUGUCCAUUUUUAAUGAUUCAUAUGCAUCAUCCAGCACUGAUUAUGAUAAGACUGUCCUUAGCAAUACUGAUAUGAAUAAUACACAAGUAGACAAUGUAAAAGUGAUGUAAUUAAUGAAAUAGCUAAUGAUAAUAAUGAGGUAUCUAACAAGGAGUUGGAAGCUACAGAGGUUUUACCAAUUAGUGAAGACAAACCAGAUAGCAGAAUCUCAUUUGUUACUACUAGGAACAGCAAUAUUACUGAUAGGAGAAGUUGCAGGCAAAGUAGGCAGAGCCCAAUAAUACCUACAAGACAUUCUGUAACUAUUCGUAAAAGUUCUAAAUUACCUACAGAAAGCUUAACACAUACUCCAGGAUCUUCACGAAAAACAUGCUUUGAUAAACCAGCUAUUGUCCUCCAGCCAGGCAAGAAAUGGGAAAGAUCGUUAAGUAUUUACAGAAGAAUUACUAUGAUGACUGAUCAUUUUGAUCAAUCCAUCUUAGAAGAUGAGCCUAUAGAGAAAAAAGGCAGAAAAUACAGACAAAGUGUAAUAUGCACGAUGGAAAUGCAGGAGUUGAAUGGUUCCCUACAUAAUGAAUCAAUCAAUAGUCGCAGAAGUACAUUUGUAUCAAAGCCGAGUCGAUCUACAAUCAGAAUUG